AUUUACUAUUUUUUUCUGAAUACUCUUGUUCAUCGUCAUCAAUCAUCAUUAAGAAUGUCUCAAUCAUAUGUUCACGAGUCCGGAGAAUGAUCUAUAUUUCUCAUGAUGUUCACCAAGAUUAUAUUCUCUUCCUCACCGUCAAAAUAUCAUGAUUUACUGUUGUCCGCGGAAAAGGAAUAUGAAGGUCAUCAAGUUGCAAAUCUUCUUGUGAGAUAGUAGUUCAUGGAGCAUACUUGAGAUUUGAUUGAGAACAAAAAAAAUUGAUCUAUUUUAUAUUCUAGCUCAAUCUUAACCCCUCGUUUAUAUUCUUCAAAAUUUUGGAUGGUGUGGAGUUGAACGCCAAGUGUAGGCGCCUAGCCGUGACCGCACAAGAAAUCAUUUCAUUUCCAUGGCGAAGGCUGGUGAGAGCAGUAAGAGUUCAAGAUGGUCUCUUUCCGGGAUGACCGCUCUUGUCACCGGAGGCACUCGUGGAAUCGGGCGCGCAAUAGUGGAAGAACUCGCUGAAUUGGGCGCUAGUGUAUACACCUGUUCCAGAACGGAAGAAGAGCUGAACCAGAGCUUGCAGCAUUGGGCUUCUAAAGGCCUCAAAGUAUCUGGUUCCGUCUGCAAUGCAACGUCCAAAGAUCAGAGGUUGCUUCUCUUGCAGAAGGUUUCGUCUGCCUUCAAUGGAAAGCUCAAUAUUCUGAUUAACAAUGUCGGUACAAAUAUCCGGAAGCCCACAGCUGAGUAUACUUCAGAAGACUAUUCUCAUAUCAUGGCUACAAACUUGGAAUCCUCUUACCAUCUGACUCAACUUGCUUACCCUCUCUUGAAAGCAUCUGCAGUCGGAUCCAUUGUCUUUAUUUCCUCUGUUGCUGGCUUGGAACACAUAUCUUCUGGAUCAAUUUAUGGAGCCUCCAAAGGAGCUAUAAAUCAACUUACAAAGAAUUUGGCUUGUGAGUGGGCAAAAGACAACAUCAGGGUCAAUGCUGUGGCCCCUUGGUAUAUCAAGACCUCACUUGUGGAUCAUUUGCUUGCUAACAAAGAGUUUUUGGGGAAGGUCAUAUCAAGAACGCCCCUAAGACGGCCAGGGAAUCCCGAAGAGGUUUCUUCUGUGGUUGCUUUCCUUUGCCUUCCUUCAGCUUCUUACGUGACCGGGCAGGUCAUUGCAGUUGAUGGUGGUUUCACAGUGAAUGGUUUUGAAAGUUAGAAGUUUGUUUGUAUAUUCAACUUUUCAACCACUAUUUCUUUGGUUGCAUGUGACGUACCAGAUUUUAGGAAGAUAAAUACGGAGUAUAAUAAUAAUAGAUGGGAAAAAAAUAGAUGAAGGGGAAAGUUGUUUGGCUUGUAAAGCACCUUUUGCAUCUCACUUUCCCACUUCUUCUCUUUGAUUGUAUUUUAAUGCCGUGAUGCUGGUAAUCUGACAUUUUGGUCUCAAUUCGGUAAACCCACUUUCC